UUUUUUGUCUAUUUUAGUCGUCCGUCAGACAAUUUAGCGGAUUUAUGUCGUUAAUCAGAGGGUUAGUUUAGUUAGUGAACUCCUUUAAAUUGAAAUGGAAGACAGCCAAAAGAAGAAAGGAAGGUGCAGAAUUCCAGUGUGAGAAAAGAAUUGCCUCUCCUCUCUCAAUCUCUCACUGUCUGCCUCUCUCUUUCAGUAAAGUAGUGUAGUACUACCACUUGCUACUGUCUCUCUCUCUAACCUUCUCAAAAUGGCAGCUACAGCCUCCCGUCCCUGAUAUUUGGGACAGCUAAAAACCUCUCAUUUUCAUCUACUUGGCUCUGCUUCAAACCUCAUCAUACCACCAGUCUCUCAAGGGGUAUUUCAUGAGCUUUGCCAAUUUGCCUUGGUUCUUUUAUCUUCUUCAGACAAUGGCUAGAGUUUCAGCAAAAUCUCACUCACAUGUGGGUUCUGAUGAUUUUCCUGUCUCGAGGAUCUUAUAAGUUGAACUGAGGGAAAAGGAGAGUUGGGGGUUCCUCAUUUUCUACUAUGAGCAACGGAGAGAGUCUCUAGCCAAGAUUCUUUAACAGUGGUUUUACCUGCUCUUUGUUGGAUCACGAGGCAGAAUUUGGGCCGUUAUCUAACCCUCUUUGGUUGGAGAAGUGAAUGACAAUGACUUUCAUUGCUUGAUACUGAAUUGGUUUCUUUCCUUUUUGUAUUUGUGCUGAGAAUCUGUUGAAAACUGUAUAAAAAUCUGCGUUUUGUACUGUGGGAUGGAGUCUUGUAGCUAUACCUCUGGGGCUAAAGGAACUUUUGUCUCCAGCACAGUUUCUUCAUCUUCAGAUACUUUACCAAGUACCAAAAGUGCUGCCAUGUGGAAUUGGGAUUUGAGACGAGCUGCUCCAUCUGGGUUUGGGAGUAGCAUCUUGGUUUCAACUCCAAAUCCAAUCCUUGAGAGUCAAAAGUUGGAGGAAUUAGGUUACCAUGAACUGAUGGCAAAACCAUUACCUUAUGAACAUGAUGACGAUGACGACGACAACGAUGAUGAUUCAGUUAGGUAUCACUUGAAUCAUACCAAUGGUGUUGAGAGUGUCAGGUACAUGAAUCCAUUUGUGGUAGUCAACUCAUAUGCACUCUCAUUAGAAGAUGAGUCAAGUUCAAGGCUUUCUGGCUCUGUUGUGGACUCCAAUAGUAGGGAUUCUUCAUUCAUUGAUUUGAAGCUUGGGAGGGUUGGGGAGUGCCAGAAUUCCCGAAAAGCACCCACUGUUUCACCAUCUGAGUCGAACACUCCACCCAAAAGAGCACGAUUCGGAAUCAACUCCAAUGCUGCUUACUGUCAAGUGUAUGGCUGUAACAAAGAUCUGAGCUCCUCAAAAGACUAUCACAAGAGACAUAAAGUCUGUGAAGUUCACUCCAAGACGGCCAAAGUCAUCGUUAAUGGAAUUGAACAGAGGUUUUGUCAACAAUGCAGCAGGUUUCACUUGCUGGCUGAAUUUGAUGAUGGUAAGCGCAGCUGCCGCAAACGCCUUGCGGGUCACAAUGAACGCCGGCGAAAGCCUCAAGUUGGUAUUCAUUCUGGAAGGACCGCCAGACUAAUUCAAUCCUACAAUGCAGCUGCAGGGUUUGGGAGUGGCAGACUCCAGGAGACUGGAUUGACAUCUUUUAUCUGCCAAGAUAUUCUCCCCGGAAGCCUAGUGUAUCCUCAGAAAUCUGAAUCGAAUCACUGGUCAAGAAGCGUGAAACUCGAAGAGGAGAGUGAUAGUAAUAUGAGUGCUCUAUCAGCCAUUAUGCCCAUAACGAGCAGCCAUUUGCACUCGAAAUUCUCCUGUCCCCAUAGCUUUGAGAAAAUAUUUCCUCCAAUCCAUAAUAGUGUAGUGACUACUGCAGCUGCUGGAAGCAUCUUCAGUGAUCACAGCAACCGGUAUCCACAUGAUGUCGGAGGUUCUUCUAACUCUGGUUCAUCAUCAUGCUCUCUGCCUCAAGAUGUCUCCUUUGGUAAAAAUGAUGACUUCAUCAACUUUGAUCCAGCAUCAACCAUUCAAGAGUUAUCGGGCGUCAAAAUUGUAGACUCUGGUUGUGCUCUCUCUCUUCUGUCAUCUCAAUCUCAGAGUUCGUCAGGCCAUUCGUCAGGUAUCCCCCCCACGGCUCAUCAUCAUCGAUCAUUGCUCCACCCAAACAGCAGCAGCAGCAGCAGCAGCAGCAGCCGUUAUGAUAUGCAACACCAGGUUUCUUCUUCUGCAAGGCUCAUAAGAUUUGGCUCGCACGUUUCUGCAGCAUCAACUUCUGCGGAUGUGGGUCACUUGAAUCCAAUGUUCCUAUGUGACUUGGAUGGUGACACAGAUGGGAUUAACCAAGAGGGGUCACAUUUUAUGAAUGCCAAGGACCAGCGCCUUUCGUGCGAAGAUGGAGGCCACACGAUUGACUUGCUGCAACUGUCGUCACAGCUCCACCGAGUGGAACGCGAGAAGCAGUUGAAACAAGAAGCUGAUGCCUUCUGCUGUCCCCGCAUCAUCUAAACUGCCCGAUAAAAUAAAAUAAAACCGAGGCGACUCAUCGGUGGGAGUUUUGAGUUUUGACGGGGUACCCACCCUUUUCACAGGAAGCACUUGGCGUAUUGCUCAGUUGGUUUACCCCCAUCUUGUUUUUUUUUUGUCUUCCUUGUGAUUCCAUUUGGGUAAUGAGACCGAAUUUACCUGAAUCAUAAUGGAUUUAUGUGCAAGUAACAAUAUGAAACAUGAACUUCCACACAAAAAAAAGAACUUCCUUUACUG